AUGUACACUAAAGAGCCAAAAUAUAAUAAAGAAAUGAUUAUUGCUAAGAAGUUAUUCAAAUUGCCUAGACAUUCAGAAAAACUAAAAAUAUAUAACUCUAAAAUAAAUCAUAUUAUUGCAAUCAAUGGGUUAGCAUAUAAUAGAUUGUUAUGCGAUAAUUAUAUACAUUGGAGAGAAGAAAGACUUUUGGUUCCACUAUUCAAUGAAAUACCAAUACUAAGAAAAAGUCUAUCUUUUGUAUUUAAUAAGAUUUGGGAUAUCAUUGCAGAAAAAAGUUUUCUUACAAAAAUUGAUAAGAAAACAAAAGUAGUCUAUAUAAAACAUCUCAACAAACAUAUACUAACCAUAACAAAAAUUGCUACAUCAUUUGUAAAUCACUACAAAUUGACUCCUCAAACUAGUUUACCUCAGCUUAGUAAUUAUGCUGAAGAGUUAGCUAAUAAACUUUUAGAUAGUAAAACAAAAAAGCAGGCUCAAAAAGCUAGAGAUCAGGCCAAAAGAUGCUUUCAAGAGUUAGAAUUGAGUAAAGAACAAGCUAAUACUCUUAUUCCUAUUCGAGCUCUUGAGAAACAUGUUGAUGAAAAAGAUCCCAUUAAAAUUAUUGCCUAA